AUGACUAAACCAAACAGAAAUGGAAAGAAAGUCAAAAAUGGACAUGAUAGAGAAGAGAGCUCGCAAAGACAACCUGAAAAUAAGUUUGGUAAUCAAGGACAUGAUUGGUCUGCUGUCCAAAACGACGGAAUGCAAAGCAAUUCAUGUGAAAGCAAUACGGAAAGCUCGCAGGUGCAACCUGGACAUAAGUUUGAUAAUCAAGUCCAUGAUUUCUCUGCUGUCCAAAACGACGGAAUGCAAGGCAGUUCGCCUGGAAGCUAUGCGGAAAACUCGCAAGGGCAACCUGGAAAUAAGUUUGAUAAUCAAGAACAUGAUUUCUCUGCUGUUUGGAACGACGGUAGGAAAGGCAAUUCGCCUGCAAGCAAUGCCAAUGGUAACCUGGAAAUACAGAGACUUCAAAAGGAAAUACUUAAGUUGAAACGUUAUAUUCAACAACAGCAAGAUUUAAGUUAG